AUGAAAGUGUCGCCAAUCCAUCAACUUUUACUACUCUCUUUUACAAUUUUAUCAAUAGUUUUUUCGGUCACGACCGCGUCAAAGGUGGAAUUCUCAUAUAUAGAUGAUAAGGGACCGCAAUUUUGGCAUCUUCUAGAAAACUCUUCUUUAUUAUGUCUGAAAGGCCGGCGUCAAUCUCCCAUAAACAUCGAUGUUCUUGAACCAAAAAUCAGAUCUAUCAGACCGUCUGAUGUUCGAGUUAAAAACAUUGAUGAGGCAGAAUUAGCACAUAUAGUGACUACGCUUGAGGUAGCACCUGGCAAGGAAGAAGAAGGUGAAGAAGGCAGAGGUGAAAAGUUUCUGCCUGCUCAAUUUGAAAUUGGUGGUGAAGCUUUUAAUCUACUCCAAUUCCAUUUUCAUACACCCUCGGAACAUCGUGUUAAUGGUGUACAUCACGAUGUUGAAAUGCAUAUGGUGUUCAAAGACCGGAAGGAAAGGAUAUCCGUUGUUGCGGUAUUUUUUGAUAUUGGCAGUAUAAAGGAUAAUGAAUUUUUGAAAUCUGUUCUUAUCAAGGAAAUUCCAAGGCCGAAUGGUUCGACAAAACUUUGUAAUAUACCUUUGAAAAAACUUUUUGAGGAUAUUAACUACAUUCAGAAUGCAUUUACAUAUCUUGGAAGUUUAACUACACCACCAUGUACUGAGGGUGUCAGAUGGUGGGUUAAUGAUAAACACGUCCAAUAUAUAAGCAGUGGUCAAUAUCGAAGAUUAAAAAAUACUAUAGGAAAUUUCUAUGUGGAAAUUUCUAAAAAGGCGUACCGAAAAUUAAGUGAUUCGCAAGAUAUAAAUGCAGGAAUUAUAGCAGGUUUGUAUGACAACGUACCCGCUACGGUUUCUAAAUCACGCGGAUGA